AUGGUCUUUGUUAUUAUUUAGCAAUUGAAUCACUUAAUAAAGCUCCAAGUAGUUUCAUUCAAUUUAAAGCAGUUGAAAUUUUAUUACAUUUACAUAAUAUAGAUAGUAAAAUGUUUUCAAUGAUUGAGGAUGAUUUUGAUCAAUAUAUAAAAGAAUUAAAUGAAAAAAAAUCAUCAGAUUUUUCAGAAAAAUUUCAAAAUUUAUUAUUAUUUAUUAAAGAAAAAUAUCUUGAAGAUUUAAAAAUUUCAAAUGAAAAUAUUGGAAAAGAAAAGAAAGGAAAAGGAAAAGGAAAAAGUUUAAAUAAAAA